AUGACUGAAAACGUAUUUUUGUUUGUACCAAAUAUCAUAGGUAAUUAUUUCAGAAUAAUAUGUGCAUUUGUAUCAUUUUACUACAUGCCAUUUGACCAUUACCGAGCUGCAUUCUUUUACUUAUUAAGUGGUUUUCUUGAUGCAUUUGAUGGUCAUUUUGCUAGAAUGCUGAAUCAGACGAGUAAACUAGGAGCUAUGUUAGAUCAGUUAACAGACCGUAUUAGUACUAUGUGUUUGUGUGGUGUACUAUGUUAUUUCUACCCCAAGUACAUCAUAUUCUUUCAAUUCAGUAUGGCUUUAGAUAUCUUUAGUCACUGGAUUCAUCUUCAUAGCUCUCUUAUGAUUGGUAAAGAGAAUCAUAAACAUAUAGAUCUAUCUGAGAAUUUUAUAUUGAGACAUUACUAUACCAACAGGCAACUACUAUUUGUGUUUUGUGCUGCUAAUGAGUUGUUCUUUUGCUUGCUGUAUCUACGUUACUUUACUAUUGGACCAGUCUUACCUUUGGGACCUCUAUCUAUUGGUUUAUGGACAUUGAUCUUAUGUAUAACGGCACCAAUAGCCUUUGCCAAAAUGGUUAUCAGUGGAGUUCAUCUUGUAGUAGCUUGCCAGAAUAUAGCUUCUAUUGAUGUUACUGAACGGGAAAGGGCUUUCAGACAUGGUAAAAGUAAAUGAGAAUGUUUUCAGGGUUAGAUUAGGCCCUAGUCUCUCAAAAGAAAUCUUAUGAUAUGAUUUUCUUGCAAGUGUGUACAUUUUCACACCUGCC